GAAGACACAGAAGUUGAACCUGGAUCUCUCCACGAAGAAUCCGCGCUUUAAAUCAAACUGUCAAUGCGGCAUUACUUCUGCUAACACACGCGACAACCAAUUUAUGUCAAUGUAGGAGGCAGAUCUCAGAAAUGACAAUGUUGGGUAUGUACGUGCCAGACAGAUUUUCCCUCAAAUCGUCUAAGGUCCAGGAUGGAAUCGGUCUUUACACAGCGAGGCGGGUGAAAAAGGGAGAAAAGUUUGGUCCAUUUGCUGGAGAGAAGAAGCUGCCGAGUGAGCUGGAUGAGAGCUCAGACACAAGGCUUAUGUGGGAGGUCCGCGGCAGCAAAGGAGAUGUUCUGUAUAUUUUGGACGCCAGUAAUCCGCGUUAUGCCAACUGGCUGAGGUUCGUCCACCAGGCGCCUUCUCAAGAGCAGAAGAACUUGGCAGCAAUUCAGGAUGGAGAGAACAUCUUCUACCUGGCUGUGGAUGACAUAGAGACAGACACGGAGCUCCUGAUUGGCUUCUUGGACAGUGACAUGGAGGAGGAGGAGGAGGAGGAGGAGGAAGAGGACACUAAGGAUGAAGAUGAGAACAGCAAAGAACCCAAACAUUUGGUUGAGAUGGAACUGGUCAUAAAGAAGGAGGACCACCCCUGCUUGCUGUGUGAGAGCAGUUUUCCCAGUGAGGAGAUUUUGGCGGCGCACCUCCAAAGCCUGCACCAGAGGCCCAGCACGGAGGAGAAGGAGUUCAAAUGUAGAAACUGUGGCAAAAAAUUCCCCAUCAAACAAGCUCUGCAGCGCCAUGUUUUGCAUUGCUCCGAAUCGCUGGAUCCCUCAAGCGACUCCAAAGCACAUGAGUGUUCGCUCUGCCAUAACACUUUCAGCUCCGAGUCCAGUUAUGAGCAACAUAAAGAAGCCUGUAAAGGAGACGCCAGGUUUAUUUGUAAAGCAGAAAGCUGUGGGAAAAGAUUCAAAAGCAAAGAUGCCCUGAAGAAACAUAAAGGAAAUGUCCACUCAGGCAGUGCACGGCGGAAACUGACUUGCACCAUAUGUAACAGAAAGUGCUCGUCUUCUCUGAACCUCCAGGAGCAUCGGAAGAUACAUGAGAUAUUUGAGUGCCAUGACUGUGACAAGAAGUUUAUCUCCACCAAUCAGCUCAAACGCCACAUGAUCACGCAUUCAGAAAAGCGUCCGUACACAUGUGAGGUGUGUAAUCGCUCGUUCAAACGACUGGACCAGGUCACAGCGCAUAAGAUCAUUCACAGUGAAGACAAACCAUACAAGUGUAAACUGUGUGGGAAGGAGUUCGCUCAUCGAAACGUCUACAAGAAUCACAAGAAGACACACUCAGAGGAGCGGCCCUUUCAGUGUGAGGAGUGCAAAGCCUUAUUCAGGACCCCGUUUUCGCUGCAGCGUCACCUACUCAUCCACAAUAGUGAGCGGACAUUUAAGUGUGACCAGUGCGACGCCACAUUUAAGAGGAAGGACACUCUGAAUGUUCAUAUCCAGGUGGUGCAUGAUGGACACAAGAAGUACAAGUGUGACCUGUGCGAGAAGGCCUUUGUCACGCCAUCGGUGCUCAAGAGCCACAAGAAGACUCACACAGGAGAGAAGGAGAAGAUCUGCCCGUACUGUGGACAGAAGUUCGCCAGCAACGGCACUCUGAGGGUCCACAUCCGCAGCCACACAGGUGAGCGGCCAUAUCAGUGUCCCUACUGUGAUAAAGCGUUUAGCAAGAAUGAUGGGCUGAAGAUGCACAUCCGAACUCACACUCGGGAGAAGCCGUACAAAUGCACCGAAUGUAACAAAGCCUUCAGCCAAAAGCGAGGCCUGGACGAGCACAUGAGGACGCACACCGGAGAGAAGCCCUUCCAGUGUGAUGUGUGCGACUUGUCCUUCAGUCUAAAGAAGAUGCUGAGUCGACACAAACUCACUCACAACCCGAACCGUCCCAUGGCCGAGUGUCAGCUGUGCCACAAGAAGUUCACCAGGAACGACUACCUCAAAGUGCACAUGGAGAACGUCCACGGGGAGACGGAGAGCUAGGCUCAUACUUCAGUGCAAACACGCCCGAUGCCAAAGAUAAAGUUCACUCUCAUACUUCAUACGUGGCCUAUAUACACAGUAUGGAGAUGGAUAGAUAGCACAGACGCAGCUAUUAUAAAUACAUGGAAAGCAUUAGGCUAAACAUAGUCAGCCAGUCCAUUUGUCAUUCCUCUUGUAAUGUUUAGAGUCACAGAGAAUUUAAACCAGAAUGAUAUUAGAAAAAUCCACUUUAUCUAGAGUCGCUCAGUCUGGAGCAGGGCAGAGCAGACUGUGCAGAAAUCUUUUUAAAUAUACCUCUGCCAAGGCCUUAUCUUGCCAUGAAUAAGAAAGUACUUAAACAACAGGAAAACUGUAAACUUCAAAAACUUUAACCACCAAAUACUUUGACUACAUGUCCAGCGUUCUGUAUUCUGACCUGUAGAUAAACAUUUGCUCAGUCUUGCACAUCGAGCUCAUGCCUUUUGUUAACAAUGUCAUCAAAUGUUAUAUUCAGUGUUGCUGUUUAUUAAACUAUUUACUGUAAAAACAUAUAUCAACAGACCAAAACUGUACUGUAAUUUACAACCAAAAACUGUUUAGUGCUACUUUUUCAUUUUUAUACUCUUUAUAUGUAUAACCUUGAAGCAUUUAUACUUCAAAAGAACAUUCAUUUAUAAAAUACAUACUGUUCAGAGAAUGAAUCAAAGCCGUGUGUGACUUAAGGAUCACGUCACAAAAUAUGCAAAAAAAAUAAAUAAAAUAAAAUCAAGUCUUAUUUAACCCAUGUUAGGAAUGGGACUAAUGCAAAGACAAAAAGUGGAUUAGAAUUUACUUUUGUCUUCCUUUACAUUUGUUGAAAACUAUGAUAAAUAAGCUGCGGUAGAUUUCUGCUACCAAUAAAUGAAUAAAUGUUUAAAAUAGUUUAGGUACUAAAUAUUUGAGGUACAGAUAGCGAAAGAUAUGGCCAAAUGCUGGUGAAAGUGGGGUCUGCCUGCAUGUUCAGUAUUUCAUUACGGAGCCUAAACCUAAACCUAACCUUAACCUGAUAGUGAAAUAAUAUAUAGGUCAAAAAUAAACAUUUGCUAAAAAAUGUGAAAAAAAGAACACUGAGCUCUGCCCCGUAACAAAAUGCCAAACAUUUAGGAAGUCCCACUGAAACUAGACAAAGUUUGGCUGCUGCGAACUAUGCAAACAAAUGAGAUUUUAUAGGAAUGUAUUCAUUACAUUGACUCCAUCUUUAUUUUAUGUGUGGAUUAUGUUGCUGCUAUUCCAAAAACGUUGACAACCCAGUCAUUUAAAAAUGUUUACUUAAACCAAAGAGUCACUUAAGUUAAAAAAUAAAAAGUGUUUAAAAGACCCAUGCUGAAUUGAAGGUGCACAUUGUCACUUUUCUGGUGUUGGGUUCAUCACCUCUUUUUGUCUCUAUGCAAAUGUUAUUGCUUUACCUUGAAUGUUCCACGGUACAGCAUUAAACUAAUCCAUGGACACAAGCAGCUGAAGCUAGUAGACCAAGUUACUAGUGAGAUCUGUGGAAAGGCGAGUUAGUUCACAGUAAGAAUGUUGUUCAAGGGAAUAUUCACCAUUAAAAUCAUCUGUAAUUGAAAAAAAGUUUAAUGCUAUACUGUGGAACAUUCCAGACUAAGCAAAAACCCUCCACCGGAAAAGUUACACAGUACACCUUUAACCUGCACCAUACCAUAGGAUAACUAAUUUUAGCUGAAAAAGUUUAUAAUUUACGUUUUCAAUUCU